AUGACUGACGAGUCAACAGAAAGUAUUGGUAGUACAUUGAAACUUGUUUUAAAUCAACUACAAGAAUUAAAAGAAGAUAGAAGUAAUAUUUUACUGGAUUUUGAAACGAAGAUUGAUGAGAAAUUGAAUGCUUUUCAAAAUGAGGUUCAAGGUAAUUCUUUGGCAGUUUAUUCCGAAGUGAAAAAACUUAAAUUAGACACUGAGCAUAAAUGGUCUAAAAUUGGGAACAAAGUUCAAUACACUUUCAAUUCGGAGGUUAGUGAUAGUCUUACACAAACUUUGUGGGCUCUGCAGCACAGCAAAACUGAUUAUGCUAAAGAAUGUUUGAAUGAAACGAUUGAGAAAUUGAAGCAGAGAAAUAAAUUAAUUAAGUUGACUGAUACUUCGGAAGGGGGUUGGGAGACAGUGCGUCAAUAUUCUGCUAAUCCUAUUGCAAGUGAUUCCGACGACGAGUCGAAGAUUAAAAAAGCAGUAUUCAGAGCUUUACAGGUUGUGAAACGCAAAAACCAGAAAAAGCAGAAACUUGCACUUAAUUCUAAAUGUGCCUUUUAG